AUGACAACUUCUAGAGAUCCGCUUGGAUUCAAACAUCCCUUACGAGCAACGCCCGAAUACAUAUCCUUUACACAAGCAUAUGAAGUCAUUUGCUCUUCGAGGCUAGAAGUGUGGGAAAACUAUUUAAAAUUUCAUUCCUUGACUGGCCCAUACACUUCAUUUCACCUGUCUGGGUCUACAUCAACCUCAAAUUUGUCGCUUGCUUCCACGGUAGCCGCAAAAAAUCGGCAAUCUCACAACCAGAGUAAUGUUCAAAAAAAUCAGUCAAGCUGGACUCGUUCUGAUUCUAAUUUGAUUUCCAACUCGACAAGUACUUCUCGACCAGCCUCCUAUGGUCGUCGAAUGUCACACCCAUUGCCUCGUUCAGACCAAGUUAAGCGCAUGGUUCGCAAGGGCAUUCCCAUGAAGCACCGAGCAAGUGUUUGGUUCAAGUUCAGCGGAGCAGAAGCCCUUUGUGCUCAAGAGCCUGGUCUAUACACUAUACUGUGCUUUCGAGAAGCACAGGAUCGGAGACAAGGAUAUCAUAGCGGAAACAAUGCGAUCUUGGAAUACGUGGAUAUCAUUGAACGAGAUCUAUACAGAACAUUUCCGGAUAAUGAUUUCUUUCAACAUCAACCACGUUCGACCAGCUCACCAUGUGUAUCCCCGGAUCCACAUCCACAAUUCACAUUUGGAAGCAGUCCUACGUUAUCUAAUCUAAGCUUAGGUACCAUGAAUUCAAGCCCAAAUCUGUCUUCUGGUGGCUUAGAGUCCAAUUGCGUGCCAUGCACUUCAGACGCAGUAAUACCAUCCAACUCGGUUUCUUCACUGGCGUCACUAUCCAGUCAACUAAGUAAUUCCACUGCAGUAGAAGACAUGCCGAUGCUAUCUGACUACCAUUCCAAAUUCACCAUUCCGAUUUCUCCAGGCGGUACUACUUCAGCUCAAUCUUCAUGUUCAGCGCCAAGUCUGCCAAAAAUAUCCAACGAAACCAACAUAUACAUUCUUUCGCUUCGCCAGGUACUCGUAUCAUUUGCAUACUACUCCUGGCCUCAUCCAGACGAAUCACGCACUCCAUGGCGCACAUGUCCCUAUCCAAUCGGAUACUGCCAAUCGCUCAAUUUUAUUGUUGGAAUGCUUCUUCUUGUAUUUGUUCAAAGCGACCCACAAACCAACGCAGCUUUUACAUCUGGAGAUGAGGCAGUUCGCAUUGAGGUCGAGCAAUCCGUGUUUUGGAUGCUUGUAGCCAUUGUCGAGUGUCUUCUUCCACCAGAAAUGUACGGUUACACAUUGGAAGGAUCUCAAAUACAACAAGAGGUCUUGUGGACAUGGAUAUUGAAACACAAGGGGUCGAAAUUUGGAUUGGAACGUUUAUCCAAAUGGCUUGAAAUGAUCAAUGGCAGAUCUGGAUCAAAAGACUCGACGUUUUUGGGUCAAGAUUCCAGCAGCAUGGAUAUUGACUCGUAUUCAUCAGCGUUGGCUAUGGUUACAACACCAUGGUUUAUGACCCUUUUUGUCAACACGAUGCCAACAGAAACAGUAUUAAGGAUUUGGGACUGUUUUUUUUACCAAGGUGAAAAGAUUUUAUUCCGUGUAGCACUUACUCUUCUCCACAUUCAUGAGGAGAAGCUUAUUGAAUGCCAGGACAUGGCGGACGCAUGGAGAUUACUUAAAGAUUUGCCAAAAAGUGUGAUUGACUGUGAAGAAUUUAUAACAUUGUGCUUCAAGCCAAGAGUAGUUGGAAAUCCAUUUGGAUCUGGACUGAGACCUGCUUCGCCUAGAUUAAGUCGAUUUCCACCCAGUCCUGUUCGGAUGGGAAGCGAAAAUGGACGACAUGCGCGACGUCCAGAGGAUGACAGUUCAUCUAUGCAAACAUCAUCUCUUCCCACUCCAAUUCAUACGCAGCAGCAAGAACAUUCAUUUACAUCAACUUCUCAUGUAUCUGACACGUCGCGUUGGCGAUCACGAACAAGUGGAUUGUCUGGAUCUCCACUUACACCAUUUCAAAAUGCUGUAAGAAGACAUCGUGCUCGCCAACAGUCACCUCCCGUACACUAUCGACCCACCUCACCCUUUCGUCCUCAAGCUACUCCAAGUCAUGCUCACGUAAACCACCAUAUCACUGGUUUAGGUGGAAAUGGACUUUCGUUUGGCAUUGGCGGCGUAAACCAAAAGAUCAUUGAAAAGUAUCGAUCCCUUGUUAUGGAGCGUCGACAUCAUGUGAGACAAAACGCAGCUGCAAGCCAGAGUAUCCGACGCAAUAAGUAG